UGGUUUCGUGUACAUAUGCAGGCUCUGUCUUCAAAGACAUUCCAACAUGUUCAACUUCCACACGCACAUUCAUAACCUGUAAAUUAUAAUUCUUUAAUUUUUUUUUCUUGUUUUUAUGAGAAAAUUGUUCAUGCGACUCUAGCAAUUGAUGAACACCAAAGCUUUUGCAAACAACAAUCCGAGAGGCCAGAAGAUCAUGCACUGCUCAAACAAGGAGACUAAUUCAUGGGUCAUAUUGUCUUCCAUAUUCUUAGCCCUCCUUGUCUUGAUCACAGCAGAAGCUUCUGUUGUUGCCGGAGAUUCUCUAGACACAGACAGAGAAGUUCUGCUAAGCCUUAAAGCAUUUCUGCAACAACAUAACCCAGUAAAUCAAGGCCAAUACUCACAAUGGAACCAGCACAGCAACAACCCCUGCAAGUGGCAUGGAGUUACAUGCAACAAUGACACGAGAGUCAGUGUCGUUGAGCUCUCCAACAACGAAAUCACCGGUGAGAUUUUCCCAAACUUCUCGGCACUCACAGCACUUUCACACCUCGACCUCUCCACAAACACUCUAAGCGGAGCUCUCCCAGAGGACCUCAGUAAAUGCCACAGCCUCAAAUACCUCAAUUUAUCGCAUAACAUUAUUGACAGUGAGCUCAACUUAAAUGGAUUGAAUCAGUUGGAGGUUCUUGAUUUGGCUGUCAAUAGGUUUAAUGGGGAUUUGCAGAUGAGCUUUCCUGGAAUUUGCAAUAAUCUGGUGGUUGUUAAUAUUUCAGAAAAUAACUUAACUGGUAGGAUUGAUCACAGUUUUGAUGACUGCUUGAAAUUGCAGUACUUGGAUUUGAGCGCAAACUAUUUUAGUGGAGAGAUAUGGAAUGGAUUCACCAAGCUUAGGGAAUUUUCAGUAGCUGAAAACUAUCUUAGUGGGACUAUUUUGCCAUCCAUUUUCACAAAUAACUGUAGCUUGGUAGUUUUGGACCUGUCAGAAAAUGGUAUUUCUGGUGGAGUUCCAGCAGAGAUUUCAAAAUGCCAGAGGUUGGUCAUAUUGAAUCUCUGGGGAAAUAAUUUUACAGGAUCAAUUCCGUCUGAGAUUGGAAGGAUUUCGAGUCUGCAAGCUUUGUUCUUGGGCAACAACAGUUUCUAUAGAGUGAUCCCAGAAACCCUUUUGGAUUUGAACAACUUGACCUUCUUGGACUUGAGUAGGAACAAUUUUGGAGGGGAUAUACAAGAUAUUUUUGGGAGAUUCAGACAGGUGAAGUUUCUUGUAUUGCACUCAAAUUCAUACACCGGCGGUAUAUAUUCGUCUGGAAUUCUCAAGCUUCUUAAUAUUUCAAGGUUAGACCUCAGCCGCAACAACUUUACAGGUCCUUUACCAGUUGAAAUUGCUCAAAUGCCAAAAUUGAAGUUCUUGAUCCUUGCCUACAAUCAAUUCAAUGGAACUAUACCACCAGAGUAUGGAAACAUUCCGUCCCUCCAAGCACUGGACCUUUCCUUCAACAACCUAACUGGUGCAAUUCCCAGCACCCUAGGAAACUUGAGCUCUCUGUUGUGGUUGAUGCUUGCAAACAAUUUGCUAUCUGGUCCAAUUCCACAGGAGUUAGGAAAUUGUACUAGCUUGUUGUGGCUUAAUCUUGCCAACAACCUGCUCUCUGGUCCAAUCCCAUCUGAAUUGACAAAGAUUGGGAAAAAUGUUAAGCCAACAUUUGAAACAAAUAAUCUGGACAAUGAUCAGAUCAUACCUGGAUCAGGGGAGUGCUUAGCAAUGAAGAGAUGGAUUCCUGCAGAUUACCCUCCAUUCAGUUUUGUGUAUACAAUCCUCACUAGGAAGAGUUGUCGAAGCAUAUGGGAUCGGCUACUUAAAGGAAAUGGCCUCUUUCCCAUAUGUGCUGCUGGUUCUGCAGUAAGAACACUUCAAAUCUCUGGUUAUCUUCAACUGAGUGGGAAUCAGCUUUCAGGUCAGCUACCUCCUGAUAUUGGUAAGAUGCAAAAUUUUAGUAUGAUAAACUUGGGUUUCAAUAAAUUCAAUGGAGAACUGCCUGCAAAAAUUGGUCAGUUGCCACUUGUAGUGUUCAACAUCAGUAUGAACAAUUUUUCAGGUCAAAUCCCAAUGCAAAUUGGGAAUAUUAAGUGCAUGCAGAAUCUUGAUAUGUCCUACAACAAUUUUUCUGGCACCUUCCCUGUGAGCUUAAACAGCUUGACUGAACUAAGCAAGUUCAACAUUUCAUACAAUCCACUCAUAUCUGGUGUAAUUCCUUCAAGUGGGCAAUUGGCAACAUUUGAGAAGGACUCUUACCUUGGUGACCCCCUCCUGAAACUUCCACCGUUCAUUGACAACUCCACAGAUGGACGAGCAAAGAAAUCAAAUGUGAACCUUAAAAGGCCUACAAAGUUUGCUGCAUAUAUGGUGGUCUUGGCUCUACUACUUGCUGUCUUGAUAUGUGGAGUUUUGUCACUUGUAGUCUGCUUAUUUGGGAAGAGCCCUGCAGAGCAACCAGGAUAUCUGUUGCAGGACGUCAAAUACCGGCAUGACUUGGCCUCAAGUUCCACCGGUUCAUCACCAUGGCUAUCAGAUACCGUGAAGGUCAUUCGUUUGGACAAAACAGCAUUUACACAUGCUGACAUUUUGAAAGCUACGUGCAAUUUUUCUGAAGAGAGGAUAUUAGGGAAGGGAGGGUUUGGGACAGUGUACCAAGGAGUAUUGCCUGAUGGGAGAGUAGUAGCCGUGAAGAAGCUUCAAAGAAAAGGGCUUGAAGGUGAAAGAGAAUUCAGAGCUGAAAUGGAGGUUCUUAGUGGAAAUGGCUUUGGCUGGCCUCACCCAAACCUUGUAACUCUUCAUGGCUGGUGCCUUUAUGGAUCAGAAAAAAUACUAGUCUAUGAGUACAUGGAAGGUGGGAGCUUGGAGGAUCUUGUGUCCGAUAGAGUAAGACUAACAUGGCACAGACGCGUUGAUGUGGCGGUUGAUGUUGCUCGAGCCUUGGUGUUUCUACACCACGAGUGCUUCCCCGCAAUCGUGCACCGAGACGUGAAGGCUAGCAAUGUGCUGCUGGAUAAGGAUGGAAAGGCUAGAGUUACAGAUUUUGGGUUGGCAAGAAUAGUGGAUGCGGGGGAUAGUCAUGUGAGCACAAUGGUGGCAGGGACAGUUGGUUAUGUUGCACCAGAAUAUGGGCAGACAUGGCAAGCCACAACAAAAGGGGAUGUGUACAGUUAUGGAGUGCUGGCAAUGGAGUUGGCAACUGGGAGGAGGGCAGUGGAUGGAGGAGAGGAGUGCCUUGUAGAAUGGGCAAGAAGGGUAAUGGGAAAUGGACGGCCCGGAUUCAAUAGAUCUGUGAUACCAGUUAUGCUUAUGGGGUCUGGGCUUCUUGAUGGGGCAGAGGAGAUGUGUGAGCUGCUUAAGGUUGGCAUAAAGUGCACAGCCGAGGCACCACAGUCAAGACCAAACAUGAAGGAGGUGUUAGCUAUGCUAAUCAAGAUAUCCAGCACCCAAGGGGAUUUCAAUUAUGGUUCCCCUCCUCCAUUUUGAUUUUAAAUUCUAGUUUCUGUCAAAAAAGCAUUACAUAGUUUGCAAAGUAAUUUAAUUUCAUACUCAAAUUUUAUUUAUGUAAUUCUUCUUGUAAACAAACAUGAUUCAUUAUGCUAAAGAAUCCCCUCAAUUUUGCCCA